AUGGAUAUGUUAGGGCACGCUCUCGACUCUAGUGAGGACAAGAGUGAUGAUUCUGCUGAUGCUGGAGACAUGCACCUCUCUCACACAGUCGACACAGAUCUAGAUCACACAGACGAGCAAGCAGCAGCUUUUGCAGGCGUCCAGCAACAUCAAGGAACAAUUACCAUAGACCCGUCACUACAGUACCAGAUCAGAGCUGACAACAGUGCAGGUCAGGUGACCUAUAGGGUUGUGCAGGUGGCUCAUGAUGGUAGUGAGGCAGCAGCACAAGUUAUGGGAGGGACAGCGUUUGCUGGACAACAGACAGUAAUUCAGAAUCCUUUCAACAAUGGAGGCAGUCCAACAGGGCAGUUUUAUGUGAUGAUGUCCCCCCAGGAUGUCCUGCAAGGACAGCGACAGAUAGCACCUCGGACCUCAUAUUCACCCAAACUGGAAGGGGGCAGAUCUACAAGGGAUGACCGGCGAAGAGCCACACAUAACGAAGUUGAGAGACGCAGACGAGACAAAAUCAACAAUUGGAUAGUGCAGUUGUCAAAACUUGUGCCAGACUGUGCCAACGAACCAGUCAAACAGACGCAGGCUAGCAAAGGUGGCAUACUGUCCAAGGCUUGUGAGUACAUCCAGGAGCUCAGAGCUGCCAACCUUCGGCUGGCAGACAGCCUCAAGGACGCUGAGCGGUUACACAUCGACAACGAUUUGCUGAGGCAGCAGUGUGAGGAGUAUAAGCAAGAGAAUGCAAUUUUACGAUCCCACCUUCAGCAGCAUGGUGUUAUUUUAGACAAUGGUUCAGGUACAUCCUAA